CUCUGAAAAAGACGCCACACCAUCACCACAAAAACAAGACUUAUCACCGGAAAAAUCGGAAAAUGAAAAGCAUUCAGCAGGUUCCCGGCAGGCAUCUUCCACCGACCCCGCUGGCUCGUCCACCUCAGCCGCCGAGGGGAAAGUGGAAGAAGUGGCAUCCAGCAGUGUUGGCUCGGCGUCCUCAUUCUCUCCAACAGCGGGAGAAGACAGUCCUCAAAAAGUACGUGAAACCGAUGUGCCUGCCACUGAGGAUCACUUUGAACGUGAACAGGAGCACUCGUCUCUCAGCGUGGUUCAGCCGAUGACGGAGCAGGCUGAAGAGGCGGCUGUCGCCACUCCGCAGAGGAAAACCACUGAAGAUUGGCCGCAGCACAGCACUCUAUCUGAUGCUUCAGAGGACGUGGAAAAGUCGUCAUUCCAUCCCGCCCCGCCCACCAGCGACGAACAAACCGUUGACCCCGAGGAGAGGAAGGACACAAAUCCCCACACUGCCGUGGGUGCGAGCAGCGGCCCCGACUCAUCCCACAGCACCGAGGUGGCGCCCAUGGACGGUGCCACAGCCGCCCAUGAGCCCAGCACAGACCCGAAAACUGCUAAAGGCCAUGAUGAAGUGUUGGAUGGCGAUGAUGCCGCGCCGGGUAAUAAAAGCACAACGCCUGGGGAAACCAAGAUCCCAUCGGGGUCCAACGCCACAUCGCUCUUGGACCAUGACGUUUUGCUUGACCACGGGCAUUUGAGCGACUUGGCGGCCAUGGCUCUAACUGGUGACAGCACCGUGCAUGGGUGUGUGUCUCGGGUGUUGUUGCUGCUGCUUCUGGGGCUGUGGGGCACCGCGGCUCUCUGCUGA